GUCAUUUCAUUCUCAUCCACAUUUUUUAUUUUUAUCUUUUGUUUGAAGCAACUCUGAUUGGCAAUCAUCAUUUGAUUUUAUUUCAUUGACCAUAUUUGAAAAUCGUCCUUAAUCUUCAAAGAUGGCAACUUCUAGCGAACAACAACAGCAUACUAAUCCGUCAUCUGAAAUAAUUAUCGAUAAAGAUCCAUCAAUGGAUACAGUUUUGACAUUACCAGCCAACAAUGAAUCACCAACAAUCAAUUCUGACACUUGUAAUGAAGUUUUUGGUUCAUGUAAUUUGGCAAUUCAAGUCGAACAGGUUCGCCUUAGCUAUCGCAAAGGUACAAAGCUAACACCAGUGCUCAAUGAUCUUAAUAUGAUUGUGCCAAUUGGUUCAAUAUUUGGCCUUCUUGGACCGUCUGGUUGUGGUAAAACAUCAUUGAUUCGUUGUAUUCUCAACUGUUUGAAACCUGAUUCAGGAUCGAUUCGUGUGUUUGGCAAGAAACCUGGUUCAAAAGAAUCAAAUAUUCCAGGAAUGGAUGUUGGUUAUAUGCCUCAAGAUAUCACUCUUUUUGAUGAUCUGUCCAUUCGUGAAACAUUGGAAUAUUUUGCAACACUUUAUCAAAUGCCAGCAUUUAUGACAACAAAACGAAUUGAUUUUUUGAUCGAAUUUCUUGAUUUGCCUGAAAGUUCACGACGUGUAAGUGCACUUAGUGGUGGCCAACAACGACGUGUUUCGCUUGCCACAGCUCUUAUUCAUCGGCCACCUCUGUUGAUUUUGGACGAACCUACAGUUGGCGUUGAUCCAUUACUUCGUCAAUCAAUCUGGCAGCAUCUAACUGAAUUAUCUCAAAGUGAACGACUUACAGUAUUGAUCACUACCCAUUAUAUUGAAGAAGCUCGUGGUGCCAAUCAAGUUGCUCUGAUGAGAAAUGGACAAAUAUUGGUUCAACAACAACCAAAUAUUCUUCUACAACAAUAUCAUUUGGAAACAUUAGAAGAUGUGUUCCUUAAACUUUGUAAUGAUCGUCACCUUUCCAUGGAUGAUAGUGAAAUCGAUGAUAAUGGUGAAACAACAUCUACUAGCCACGAAGAUGAUCCGAAUUGGAAUGAUUCAUGUUCAAAUGGUAAUGCAAUUGAUUCGAAUGACAAUUCAAGCGGUAUCAGUUCAUUAGCUAAAAGUAAACAAAUGGCUAAAAGCAAUGAUGAAUUGUUCGAUGGUUAUGAAUCAAAACGAUCAAUGUAUAGCUAUUGGCGUAAAAACGUAUCGAUCAAAAAUCAAGCAUUCUAUGUGAAACAAACAAUGGCUAUUAUUCGUAAGAAUACCAUUUCAUUACUACGUUCACCAGGAAAUCUUUUAUUCCAAUUUUUAUUGCCAACCAUCAUUGUUAUAUUGUUUUGUGCUUGUAUUGGCCGUAAUAUCAACAAUAUUCCGGUUGCCGUUUAUAAUGGUGAUUGGCAAUCAAAAGUAACUGUUGAUAUUCUACGUGAAUUGGAUCCCGUAUCAAUAAAUCAGAUACAUUGUCGAACAGCUGAACAAGCACUACAAGCCGUUCGUGAUGGUCAUGCCUCAUCAGCAAUUACUAUUUAUGAAAAUUUUACUGAAUCACUACAUGAUCGACUUUUGCUCAUGGGCAACGUUGAUGAAGAAACAUUGAAUCGUUCGACUAUUCAAAUCUUUCCUGACAUGUCCAAUCAAAUAAUCGCAUUAACUGUUUAUGAAAAAGUAAUUGAUACAUUUCAAAUGGUUGCACGUAAAUAUCUACAUCAAAUGGGUAGCUCACCGGCAUUGAUUGAAUUUCCCAUUAAUUUUUCAACACCAAUUUAUGGUUCACAUCAAUCUACAUUCACUGAAUUUAUGGCUCCCGGUGUCAUAUUAUCGAUUGCAUUUCUCGCUGCUAUUCCAUUGACAGCAAUGGUACUUGUUGUCGAAAGAAAACGUGGCCUCAUUGAACGAACUACUGUAGCUGGUGUAACGAAUUUUCAAUUCAUCUUAUCGCAUUUGAUUACACAAUUUUUUGUUUUAUUGGUUCAAGUCGUAUUGCUCAUGAUCUGUGUGUUUCCCAUCUAUAAGAUUCCAUAUCAUGGUGAAUUCCUGUUCAUUUUUUUGCUCACUUUAAUGCAAAGCUUCUGUGGAAUGUCAUUCGGUCUAUUCGUAUCAUCUGUAGCUGCCGAUGAAUUAACUGCAACCAUGUUGGCAUUAGGCUCAUUCUAUCCAAAUCUAUUGCUCAGUGGCACUGUUUGGCCAAUCAAAGCUAUGGAUGAUUAUAUGCGAUAUUUCAGUUAUCUAUUACCGCAAACAAUUCCAAUCGAAUCAAUGCGUUAUAUGAUUUCACGUGGCUGGGGACCAGAUCGUUUCGAAGUUCAACUUGGUUUCAUUGUCACUACAACAUGGAUCAUUUUAUUCACUUUGGCCGCAUCGUUUUUAUUUAAAUUUCGUAGGAUUUAAUUAAUCAUUUUUUGUUUGGCUUAAUUAAUUUAUUAUCAUCAAUCAUCAAUUUAUUGAUUGAUAUAAUUAUUUUGUAAUCAUUUCCGUAAGUUUUUUUUUGGAAUUCAAACCAUUCUUUUUUAUUUUCACACAUCUCUAUCACCACCAGCAGUAUAAAUUAUGUUUACAAAACUUUUCUUUUUUUUAGCAA